GUGACAUUUUUGAAUUCCUAAAAUCCCGUGGGAAGUUAAUGGAGUAUUAUUCCGAUGAACCGAUCAGGAAUUCACUAACAAGAAUUUGUUUUGCAACUUAUGAGCAAAUGGAAUUGUAUAAACAGUUCCCUGAAGUUGUUGGUAUCGACUCGACGUAUAAUACGAAUAAGGGGAAACAAGAAAUCCCAUUGUGAAGAACUACUUAUGCCGUCUAGUGCAGUGUAAAAGGAGAUCAGAACUUAAUUUCUACUUCAGAGUUAUUAGCAGAUUGGACGCUAAUGUCAGUCAAUAUCUACAACGUCGUUGGAUGCAUCGACGAGAAUUGUGGGCGGCCUGUUUCAGAGAUAACGUGCUGACUUUUGGGAACGAUACAAAUAAUCGUGUCGAGAGUUCCCACAAGCAGAUGAAACGGUUUUUGCAAAGAUCUGAUAGUCUGCAUAAAAGUAUGCUAAAGGUGUAUAAAUGGCAUAAACGAAGUUUUUCAAUAAUACAGCAGGAGGCGAAUAUUGCUCAAUCACGAUGCUUCACGUAUCCCUGUUCACAAAGUUUAAUCCCAAUUAUACGGUUGCUUACACCAUACGCCGCGAGGAAGGUAAUACGUGAAUACCAAUUGCGACGAUGGGCUACUGUUGAGUUCGAAUCCGUUGAUUAUGUAUUUUUCAAAGAAAAUGGGAAAACAGUGCAGGUUGAUCUGAGUGCUUGCACCUGCACGUGCUUUACAUUUCAGACCUGUCGGUACCCCUGCCGACACUUGCUUUUGGUCCACUUAAGAAAGCCGUAUUUCACAGUUAACCAUGUGAUGCAUAAUUGUAAACAAUGGACGUGGUCACGCAACUUGUUCGCAUCUCAAAGUACGUCAGCAGUUAUCCCUCGAAAUCGAAGUAACAUAUACGAUACCAAAAAGAAGAUUAUCAAUGCGGGUAUGGACAGAAUUAAUGACAAAUUUGGAGAAGUGUUUGCCAAUGCUUAUGCAGACGGAGUAAUCGCAGGAAUCAAUCGUGUUCUUAAUAUGUAAAUAAACUAAAUUUUUGUCAUAAUGAAAAUAAAAUUUU